CCUGACAUGUGACAACUCUUAUUAUAAUUAGGCCUGAAAAUGUUUUUAAAAAAUAAUUAUCAAACAUUUAAUCGCGGUAUAUACACAAAAAUAAGUGCUAAGCCAGCUAAGAGUUUAAAUAUCAAACCUUAUUUACUGCUAACGGUGCCUAUUACAGCGUUUGGGUUGGGAUGUUGGCAAAUAAGAAGAAGAAAAUGGAAAUUAGGAUUGAUACAAGAUUUAAAUAAACGCGUUAAAAGGGAACCAAUUGAAUUUGAAAAAAUAAUAUCAGAAACAUAUAAAUAUCCAGAGUAUACACAUGUAAAAUGCGAGGGUAAAUUUAUAUCAGAUAAGCUAUUAUACUUGGGCCCAAGGAUUUAUAAAGAUCCUAAAAAAAUUUAUCAACAAGAUUAUAGUGGUUCAUUACUUAGUUCUUCAUCAAAAGUUGGUUACCAUCUUAUACAAGCAUUUUCCUUGAAAAAUAAUGCUAACACUUCUAUACUUGUAGAUAGAGGUUGGAUACCAUCAGAAUACAUGAAUAAAAUUCAAUUUGAAAACUCUACAACUGAUAACUAUAUUACUAUAACAGGUUUAUUAAGGAAUCCAGAAGUUUCAUCUGAAAAAAAUAAAAAUAAACUACCCACCCUUUUUCAUAAAAGAGAUACAUACAUGGCAAAAUUAUUAAAUGCUCAACCAAUUUUUGUAGAUUUAGAUUUUGAUGGGGUCUCUCAAACUAAUGCAAGUUCAAAUCCAAAUCCUAUUGGAGGUCAAACUCUUGUAACUUUACGCAAUGAACAUUUAUCAUAUGUGAUUACUUGGUAUGGAUUAACUUUUUUUAGCUCUUUAUUGUGGUAUAAAACUUACAUAAAAUAAUGGCAAUUAUAUUAAGAACAUGUUUGUAAUUAUACUGAAUUUUUUUAAGAGAUGAAAAAUA